CUCUGACUUCUUUCCCCGUCCCCACGGCCCCCUUUCUUCCCUCCCUAUUUCCGCGAACCUAGGGUUUCUUCGAUAGAUCUCCUUGAUUCUAGAUUCCCAACUCCCGAUCCCAUCAAGCUCCCUCCUUUCCCCCUAAUAUCCGAUCGUCCCCCUAAAAUUACCCCGAUCUCGCUUCCCAGGUGCCGGAAUAGGGUUUUUGAUCUCGGAUUCGAGGGGAGAAAGCCGAGACAUUAGGGGUCGGCGUCCAUGUCGGUGCCGGCGAUCGCGCUCUACGCGAGCCCCCCGAGCGGCGUCUGCCCGACCUCCCACCACUCCUGCCAGAUCGCCUCCUCCCACGGCCCCUCCGACUUCGACCUCAACCCCCGCCCGCCAUCCUCCUCCUCAUCCUCCUCAGCCCAGAAGCCGAUCUCCGGCGGCCUUUCCUGCCUAUUCUCCUCCCCGACCUCCCGCCAUGCCGCCGCCACCUCUUCUUCCUCGAGCUUUACCGGCGCCGAUGAGCUCGGCUCGCUCUGGCACGACAGAUCCGAGGACCUCAGCAGCUCCUUUUGCUACUCUUCCUACCCCUCGUCGUCCCUCAAGUGCCGGGACCAGAGCCCGGUGUCGGUUUUCCAGGGUCCGGUGUCGUGCAGCGGGAGCGGCUCCGCUAGAAGCCCGUCGUUGGUGAGAACCACGCGCGAGUGGAGCAGCGGCGACUGGAGGGUGGGGAAAGAUAGAAUUUUUAGCGGGUUUGUUAGAAACGCGUUGGGCUCUUGUCUUGAUUUCAAUUCCCCGAGUUUAUCUCGACCGGGAGGUGGUGGAUUCAAUGUGGAAGAGUUGGAUUUUAAUUUGGAAGAGAGUCUGCACGAGGAGGCGUCUGCUUGCGAGCCGUAUGCCAGAGACUUGCUCGCCAGGGCUCAGUCAAGACAUAAAAUUUUCUAUGAGGAAUUUGUGGUGAAGGCUUUCUACAAAGCCGAAGAGGCUCACAGGGGGCAGAUGAGGGUGAGCGGAGAUCCUUAUCUGCAACAUUGUGCGGAGACGGCUGUUUUAUUAGCGAAGAUUGGUGCUAAUGCUACAGUAGUCGCUGCAGGGCUUUUACAUGAUACAUUUGAUGAUUCUUUUGUGGAUUAUGCAUCUAUUCUCCAAAUAUUCGGAGCUGGUGUAGCUGAUCUGGUCCAAGGGGUCUCGAAAUUGAGCCACUUAAGCCAGCUUGCUCGUGAUAACAAUACUGCAAGUAAAACUGUUGAGGCUGACCGGUUGCACACAAUGUUUCUUGCAAUGGCAGAUGCCAGAGCAGUUCUUAUAAAGCUAGCAGACAGACUGCAUAACAUGAUGACAUUGGAGGCAUUACCUAUGGUUAAACAACAGAGAUUUGCGAAGGAGACCUUGGAGAUUUUUGUUCCUUUGGCCAGUAGAUUGGGAAUCUCAAGUUGGAAGGAGCAGCUUGAGAAUUUGUGCUUUAAGCAUCUCCAUCCAGAGCAACACAAAGAGCUAUUCUCCAAAUUUGUCAAGUCCUUCGAUGAAGCAAAGAUCUCAUCUGCCAUUGCAAAACUUGAAAAAGCUCUUGAGGAUGAAGGUGUUUCUUUUCAUGCUUUAUCUGGGAGGCACAAGGGCUUGUACAGUGUUUACUCCAAGAUGCUGAAGAAGAAGCUGACCAUGGAUGAGAUCCAUGACAUUCAUGCGUUGCGUUUGAUUGUUGAUAAUGAAGAAGAUUGUUACGCAGCUCUGACUGUUGUUCAUCGAUUAUGGCCUGAAGUUCUUGGAAGGUUCAAAGACUACAUCACUCAUCCCAAAUUUAAUGGGUACCGAUCUUUGCACACGGUUGUUCUGGGUAAAGACAUGCUCCCUUUGGAAGUUCAGAUCCGAACAAAGGAGAUGCAUCUACAAGCAGAAUAUGGAAUUGCUGCUCAUUGGAGAUACAAGGAAGGUGAUUGUAAGCACUCUUCAUUUGUGCUCCAAAUGGUGGAAUGGGCAAGAUGGGUGGUUACUUGGCAAUGCGAGACAAUGAACGAUGAUCGGACUUCAUCCGUAGGCGACUCCAGCCUCAUUAGGCCUCCCUGCCCAUUUCCUUUCCAUUCUGAUGACUGCCCUUAUUCAUAUACAAGCCAGUGUGACUAUGAUGGACCCAUUUUCAUCAUCAUCCUGGAAUAUGAGAAGAUGACUGUGCAGGAGUUUCCAGCAAACUCAACUGUAAUGGAUUUGUUGGAGAGAGUCGGGGGACGGAGCUUAAGAUGGUCUCCUUCCAGUUUCCCUCUCAAGGAGGACUUGAGGCCGAGACUGAAUCAUGAGCCAGUGAGCAACCCUAAUCAGAAGCUGGAGAUGGGGGAUGUUGUUGAGCUGACACCAUCGAUACCUGACAAGUCGUUGACAGAGUAUAGGGAGGAAAUCCAGCGCAUGUAUGAACGAGGAUUAUCUCAAGCUGGCGUGGUUUGAGAAGCUGACCGACACCCAUGCCUAACAUGAAUUAGUCCAUUGAUUCAUUGUAUGUAUGAACUAAUUGUAGGGACAUCCACUCCCAUUGCAAUACGGAAGCUUGGAAUGAAAUGAGGUCCAAGCAGGUUGUUUAGAUCUCAAUAUAGCAGUUAAUGAAGCUUCCUAAAUUUGUUCC